AUGCCACAGCUGAGCUUUCACAGGUGUGACCCAUCAGCACUGACGACCCUCCCAGCUCCGCCCACCAAUCUCCUGCAGGAACCCUGCAAUCUGGAGCCCUGCAAUCUGGAGCCCUGCAAUCUGGAGCCCUGCAAUCUGAAGCCCUGCAAUCUGAAGCCCUGCAAUCUGGAGCCCUGCAAUCUGGAGCCCUGCAAUCUGGAGCCCUGCAAUCUGAAGCCCUGCAAUCUGGAGCCCUGCAAUCUGGAGCCCUGCAAUCUGAAGCCCUGCAAUCUGGAGCCCUGCAAUCUGGAGCCCUGCAAUCUGGAGCCCUGCAAUCUGGAGCCCUGCAAUCUGGAGCCCUGCAAUCUGAAGCCCUGCAAUCUGGAGCCCUGCAAUCUGGAGCCCUGCAAUCUGGAGCCCUGCAAUCUGAAGCCCUGCAAUCUGGAGCCCUGCAAUCUGGAGCCCUGCAAUCUGGAGCCCUGCAAUCUGAAGCCCUGCAAUCUGGAGCCCUGCAAUCUGAAGCCCUGCAAUCUGGAGCCCUGCAAUCUGAAGCCCUGCAAUCUGGAGCCCUGCAAUCUGGAGCCCUGCAAUCUGGAGCCCCACUCUUGCCCCCCUGCCCCCAUCCCUCAGGAAGAUGACGUGAAGAUAACCGCGACAGCGUUAAUCAAAGAGAGGGAGCGUUUUGAUCCCACUCUCAAUUAG